AUGACAUCUUCCGUUACAAACUAUAGUUUGAGCCAUCCUGUUCUGCGUUACCUUCUAAACUUACAAGAGUCGGCGAAGGUCAAAGGGGUUCCGGAGGACAUUCAGACACAAAUACAAACUUGUAUCGACUGUAUUAUUGCACGAGAUGACUAUUGUGAAGAUAUAUCUAGUCCCGCAAGUGAGGCUAUGGGUAUCCUCAUCGAAGAGACUAAAAACCAUCCCUGGCAGCAGGCAUACAACGGCGGCAAGAUACAGUACCAAGUAUCGCCUAUGAUGCUUUCCGGAGCACUGGAAGGUUCCUUCCUAAAGAUGCUAACAGGCAUGUCAAAUGCCAAACGAGUCCUCGAAGUCGGUCUCUUUACCGGAUGUGGCGCACUUGCCAUGGCAGAGGCACUUCCGGCUGAUGGAAAAGUUAUCACAUGUGAGAUAGAGGAGUAUGUUGCAGACGUUGCCAGGAAAUUGAUUGACCAAUCACAACACGGAAAGAAGAUCGAUAUAAUGAUAGGUCCUGCUACAGAGAGUCUUCAACAACUGGCUAAAGAACGACAUCAGUUUGACAUUAUUUUCAUUGACGCAAACAAGGAAGGUUAUACCGACUACUAUAAGAUAAUCAUGGACCACGAUAUGCUGACAUCGGAAGGCACUAUACUGAUAGACAACGCCUUACACGGGGGCCGGACUUACUUAUCCACUGAAAAGCUACUGAUCCCGAAAUGUCAGAACACAGACUGUCACAUGAUGAGUGAUUUUAACAACUAUGUUUAUAAUGAUAAUAGGGUUUCCCAGGUGAUGGUCCCCAUCCGUGACGGGGUGAUGGUCAUCAGGAGGAAGGAGGCAUUCGAGGGACAGGCCUAG